AUGGCGUCUAUGGACAAGGUUUUCCGGGAAUACUAUGAGCGCCUGCACGCUCUUGAAAAGAGUGAUAACCCUUUUUCCGUAGGCAUCGCCUUUGUGGAAGGGGAGUUCAUCGUGCCCAAAGACGCCCGCAUUCCAAUGCUUGACGAAGGGUUUAUGCACAGUGACCUCACUUACGAUGUCACAUCUGUCUGGGAUGGGCGCUUCUUUCGCCUUGAUGACCAUAUGCAGCGGCUGCUGGAAAGCUGUGAGAAAAUGUGUCUAAAGCUUCCUCUUCCACCAGAAAAGGUUAAAGAAAUCAUGAUUGACAUGGUGGCCAAGAGUGGUAUCCGAGAUGCAUUUGUGGAAAUCAUUGUGACACGUGGUCUGAAGGGUGUUCGAGGCUCUAAACCAGGUGAUCUUUUUUAUAACAAUCUUUAUUUACUCGUCCUGCCGUAUAUCUGGGUUAUGGAGCCUGAGGAUCAGCGCACGGGUGGAACUGCCAUUACUGCACGCACUGUGCGGCGGAUUCCCCCGGGAGCAUUUGAUCCAACGAUCAAGAACCUUCAGUGGGGUGAUUUGACAAGGGGGCUAUUUGAAGCUAUGGACCGCGGUGCGACUUUCCCCUUCCUAACAGAUGGAGAUACCAAUCUUACCGAGGGUUCUGGCUUCAACAUUUUUUUGGUAAAGAAUGAUGCUCUUUACACCCCAGACCGUGGUGUACUGCUAGGCAUUACCCGCAAGAGCGUUAUUGAUGUGGCACGCGCAAAUAAGAUGGACAUUCAUGUUGGUGUUAUACCUGUGGAGGACGCCUAUCAUUGCGAUGAAAUAUUCAUGAGCACGACAGCAGGCGGCAUAAUGCCCAUCACAUCAUUUGAUGGACAGUCAGUGGGCAAAGGUCAGGUUGGACCGGUCACGAAGAAAGUCUGGGAUAGAUAUUGGGAGAUGCAUUAUGAUCCAGCCUAUAGUUUUCCAGUCGAAUAUAGCACAGGUCCAAGAAAGUGA